AUGGCAACAUUUUCAUUCCCUUCUGUACAGAAACAGAUCUCUAAUGUGUGUGGAAAAAUUAUUCCGACAACAAUAACAGCCGAUGAGCAUGGUUACAGCAUAAGAACUGUUACAGCACAUGGUUUGUUACAUGUAGAAGCUGCAUUGUCUCCUUUACCAGAGAAGAGAACAGAAGUUGGAUCCUCUCCUCUAGUCAAACAGCUGCUUCAUGAACCAGAGACUGUCACCAUCAUAGACACUGAGUAUGGAGGGCUUUACAAUGUGGCCUGUCUGAGUGAUGAAGAAAUCUGGACAAGUGGAGGUGACAACACCAUGAAACUCUACAGCAUCAAUCACGGAUCACUACUCAAGUCAAUCACAACCAAGUCAAGACACGAGCCAUACGACAUAGCAGUUACAAAAAGUGAAGAUCUUGUUUAUACUGAUUAUUGGGAUAGAAGUGUGAACAUUGUGAAGAAUGAGAAAAUAGAGGAGAUGUUCACACUACAGAACUGGAAACCUUGCGGUGUUUGUGGUACCUUCUCUGGUGAUUUCCUGGUUAUCUUGAACAAUGAUGAUAACAAACAAUCAACGGUUGUCCGUUUCUCUAGCUCCACAGAGAAACAAAUCAUUCAGUUUGAUGAUAAGGGUAAACCUCUCUAUUCAUUUGGUAGUUACAUAACAGAGAACAGAAACCUGGAUAUCUGUGUGUCUGACUAUGGAGCUAGAGCAGUAGUUGUGGUCAAUCAGGCCGGGAAACUAAGAUUCAGGUACACUGGACGUAUUCCUGCUCCAAAAACAAACCAUUCUAUCCACUAG